AUGGCCAUCGAUGUUCGCAUCUUGCUGUCUCUGGCGCUCUUGGCCGUCUGGAUGGACCCGACCGCGGCCGACGGGAGCCAGGUCGACUCGGUGAGCGAGCCAUUCCACGGCGAAAUUAGCAGAGGGGUCGAACGAAGAGACGAGGCGGUGGCCCUCGAAGUGGCCAAGCCGCCCAGGACCCGCCGACUUACCAAGAAAAAGGCGCUCGCAACCACCGAGGAACCGCGUUUCAUCGGGUACUGGUCUAACCUAUCAAAACAAAUCGUCGACUCUGUCAUGGGUUGGAAAGGUGACAACUCAAAAAAUUUGGAUCAAAAACAGCUCCCCAAUCUGCCCAACCAGCCGGCUCGAGGGCUGCCCCAUGGCAGGAUUGGAGCGAAUCGUGUCAAGCUUUCCACGGAGACGAAGCACAAACACCCACCACGCCACCACCAGCCACGUCGUGGCAACUUGGCGUACUGGGUCCUCGAAUUUUUGGCCGCCGCCAAAGCAGCAGUCGUGACGGAAUGA